AUGAGGGUAGGCCACAAAUCAUUCACAGCGCGCACCAUGACGGACAGGAAGGCAGUGGUGAAAAAUGCCGAUAUGGAGGCAGAUAUGCAGCAGGACGCGGUUGAUGUUUGUAACGAAGCAAUGAACAAAUAUACGAUGGAGAAGGACGUUGCGGCUCACCUAAAAAAGGAAUUCGAUAGUCGUUAUGGGCCGACAUGGCACUGCAUUGUCGGACGAUCCUUUGGAAGCUACGUGACACACGAGACGAAACAUUUCAUCUACUUUUAUCUUGGAAACAACGCGGUGCUACUUUUCAAGUCCGGCUAA